AUGGCCGCGCAGGCCACAGAUGCACGGGUUCAGCGCGAGACCAACUUUAUAAACACCAUUUUGAACGGCGAUACAGCCUCUGUAGGGCCGUCUUCACAUCUCUCUCAUCAAUCAUCCCAUGCAAAACGUCCUCCAAGAUGGGAAGUCCCCGUCGAAGAGCUGCACACAGUCGAAGAACGCGAGCCACAAAAGGACCAUAGUGAAUCGUCAAAAAGCCGGACGGAGAAUACUGGACUGGAGCCUCACCCGGAAGAAGAAGAAAAUGAUGAUGAUGUUAAACCAGGCGAUGAGGCAGCUGGGAUCAGCAAUAUCCCAGUUCCGGAAGAAGCAGUAUACCCAGAAGACCUGCAACCACUAUUGCAGAACCUAGUGGAAGAAGAAAUCUACAACCACACAGUCUGGUCGGUAAUUCGCACCCACCACCGUGCUUUGCCUACCAGACGGGCGCAGUAUUCAAUCCAAGUCGCGACUUUGGUCCGCGACUGGCGCUUCUCGCGUUAG